AUGCCUCCACGACGUGUUGCACCUACGCAACGACCUGAAGGAUCGAGGGCACCUCCGCCGAAUAAUGACAUGGAGGAAAUGCGACGUCAGUUCACAUUGUUCCAAGGGAAUAUCUUGCAAUUUGUGCGAGGUUGCAUGCCAACGCCACCGCCCCCGCCUGCUGCUCCAUUUGCGGUAAGGCCAGAGGGAGGUUUGACACCACCACCGAUGCCUGCACCUCUGAGGGUUCCAGAGCAAGUUGUAGUGGACUACUUGCCAUUCGUCAAGGAACUCCGAGCCUUGGGCACUCCGGAGUUUGAGGGUUCUCUUAGCCCGGAGGCAGCAGAAGACUGGAUCAUCAAGAUCACCCAUCAUUUCAACUACAUCUGGUGCCCGCUGGAGUACCGUACUGAGUUAGCGAGCCAUCAUCUGGCUGGCGCUACUCGCCACUGGUGCGAGGAAGUCGUACGCGAGGCUCCCGCAGGACACCAAUUCUCGUGGGAAGAGUUUCGAACAGAGUUCGAGCAGAAGUACUAUCGGAGGCAAGAUCAGGGCCACCGUUAUGGAGGUCACCUAGUGCCAACCGAGGAGUACAAGAUCCAGAAAUUCAUUGUUGUGUUACGUCCUUCUCUCAAGAGGAGAAUCGAGUGCCAUGAGUACCCUACGUUGAGUCGGUACAUCAACCAACUUGACAAGGUGGAACGGAGUGAGAAGAAGAAGAUGGACACCAAGAUACAAGACCGUGGUUCAUACAAGAGAGUGUCGAUUAACCGUCCCCCGGUGAGGAUUGGGCAGACGAGUCAACCCCGCGCCAAGGGAAAGGCUCCAGCGUUUCGCCCCACGACCUCGACCCAACCACUACAGUAUAGGAGGCCAUGUGUUAAGUGUGGUCGAGACCAUACUAGACCUUGCAAAAACACCAUGACCUACUACCGUUGCGGUCAAUCGGGACAUUUUGCUGCUAGAUGCACCGCGAACAUAGCUCCUCAAGCCAACAACAAGCCACCGCGCCCAACACAGAAGAGAUCGGGUAUGGCUCCGAGAGUUUAUGCUCUCACAGCUGAGGAAGAUGCCCAGGAGGAGCCAUACACAGUGGAGGAGCCAUUUGCUGCAGAGCCGUUGACCACCUACGAGGCCACUGAUGAAGAUUAUAUGGAGGAGGCUGACGUUGCCGCUAUCACAGGACAGACUCUUCCAGUACAGGGUAUUUUGCAUUGCAUGCCCUUGACUAUCUGUGGGAGGAUGUUGACUGCAGAUCUUAUUGUCGUACCUAUGCAGGGUUACGACUUAAUAUUGGGAAUGGAUUGGUUGUCGAAGCAUCAAGCCCGGAUUGACUGCCGCCAACGAACUAUUUGGUUCACUGAAGAGAGCGGAGGAUUUGAGUUCAUUGGAAACCGGUCACGAAAAGUGUAUCCAAUUAUAUCAGCUCUGAAGGCUAACAGGAUGAUCGAGAAAGGGAAUGAAACCUUCCUGGUUGUAAUCACAGCAACCGAAGAAGCAGAAGCAAAGUUGGAAGACACUACUGUAGUUCAGGAAUUUCCCGAUGUGUUUCCUGAUGAACUACCCGGACUACCACCAGAACGGGAGGUAGAUUUCUCCAUUGAGGUUGUGCCAGGAACGGAGCCAAUAACUAAGACUCCUUAUCGGAUGGCUCCGACUGAGAUGGCAAAAUUGAAAAAGCAGUUCAACGAACUAAUGGAGACAGGAUUUAUCCGACCAAGUGUAUCACCAUGGGGAGUGCCGGUGUUAUAUGUGAAGAAGAAGGAUGGUAGUAUGCGACUCUGCAUUGACUACCGAGGUCUUAACCAAGUGACCAUCAAGAAUCGAUACCCCUUGCCGAGAAUUGAUGAGUUGCUUGACCAGUUGCAAGGAGCGAAGUGGUUUUUCAAGAUCGACUUACGUUCUGGGUAUUAUCAGAUCCGAGUAAAGGCUGGGGAUAUUCAGAAGACUACCUUUCGAACGCGAUACGGUCGAGUUUGUAGUCAUGCCAUAUGGGUUGACGAAUGCUCCAACGGUCUUCAUGCAAUUAAUGCACCGCGUGUUCAUGGAGUAUCUUGA